GUCCGGCUGAACGUGGGCGGCACCUACUUCGUGACCACCAGGCAGACUCUAGGCCGGGAGCCCAAGUCUUUCCUCUGCCGCCUCUGCUGCCAGGAGGACCCGGAGCUGGACUCGGACAAGGAUGAAACAGGAGCCUAUCUGAUUGACAGAGACCCCACUUACUUUGGUCCUAUCCUAAACUACCUCCGCCAUGGGAAACUCAUCAUUACCAAGGAGUUGGCAGAAGAAGGUGUGCUGGAGGAAGCAGAGUUUUACAACAUUGCCUCUCUCGUGCGGCUGGUUAAGGAAAGGAUACGAGACAACGAGAACAGAACUUCACAAGGCCCCGUGAAGCAUGUGUACAGGGUCCUGCAGUGCCAAGAGGAAGAGCUCACACAGAUGGUCUCCACCAUGUCUGACGGCUGGAAAUUUGAACAGCUGAUCAGCAUUGGAUCUUCCUAUAACUAUGGAAAUGAGGACCAGGCAGAAUUCCUCUGUGUUGUCUCCAGAGAACUAAAUAAUUCUACCAAUGGCAUCGUCAUAGAGCCAAGUGAAAAGGCGAAGAUUCUUCAGGAGAGAGGAUCUCGGAUGUAAGCUGAGAAUCCAAAAUUUCAGAAUCCGGAAAGGCAAGAGGGCAAUUCAGCAAAAUAGCUCCAUGCAGUUAAGUCUACACCUGUAUGAUAACCGAGCUACUGCAAAGCAAAGCUGAGCCUGCCCCAGUGAAGAAGUGUCCUGGUUAAAACCAAAGGAACCCCACCCACCCUUGGGACUCCAGACAGACGCACCUCUGGCUGCAGAUCCCCUUUUCAGAACCUGCUUUUGUUCUUAUAGCCAGUGUUGUGACAGAUCUUUACAACAGCAGCAUGCUGGGUCUCCAAAUGGAGCCUUUGGGGAUCUGGGGGAAGGAAGAAGGAGGAAGGCCUAGCUCCUUGGAAACAGCCUAGCCAUCAGGGAAGCUGGAGCAGACAAAGGAAGACUGUCUCAAGCCGUGCCCUGGUCUCACCUGCGUGUGCCACUCUUUCCCCCUACUGGGCACCCUCCAAGAUUUGUAGCAGAUGCAGAGGGUUCUAGCUUCAGUGUGUCAAAUUGAGGUUCUGACACAGGAUGGAAUCACCAGAGGACCCACAUUCUCGUGAGCAGAGCCUCUCAGGCAGGAGACGCUGGGGUGUCCUCUGUCUUGGGAGGGUGGCGGUUCCUGCUUUCCCACAAGUGGCUUUGUCUGAUUAGUCUCCAGCAGCUGGGCUCAGUGUGACCAGCCUCUCCUCAGGAAGAGGUUUGAGGCAGGUGGCAUCCUGCACCAAGUCAGGGGAGUGCCAGUGGUUGGUAUGGCUGCUUCUGCAGCCUCCUCUUAGACCCAUUGACCCCAUCUUCCCUGGCUUUUUAAUCUGGACCAAAGAUAAAGGACUUUGAGGAUCCUUUGAUGGCUUGGGGUGGGGAAGACUAUCUGUUUUGAAGUUGCCAAAUGUGUCAUGUCGUACCUAAAAGUGUUGUUUCUGUGAUUUGUGUCUUGAAAAUGCCCUGACCAAACGUGCGA